AUGUCGGCACUCUCAUCAUUCUUUCCACCGAGGCGGCCGUUGUCCAACCAUGGCGAUUUCUUAUCUGACCUUCGCUUCUCUUUGGAGAUUAUGCCUGGGUCGAGGAAAUAUGUGUUCACGCCGGCCGCACGCGCAGAGAUUAUCAGCAAACUUUACAUCGCAUUUAUGGGGACAUAUCCAAAUCUUUUUCUGCCUAGCGGCGUAUCACAAGUUCCGCCGCAUACUCUGCUGAGCGAGUAUCAAGUCUCUGUAGGCUUUGCUGGGGCGGGCAAGGAAGACCCCAUGGUUCCCGGGAGGCCAUGCAGCCAUAUAUUCAACAAAGGCGAAAGUUGCUACAGAUGCAAAGAUUGCGCAUUAGAUGAUAGUUGCGUUCUGUGUUCCCGUUGCUUUCAUGCGACGGAUCACUCGACCCAUAACGUCAGCUUCUUCAUCGCCCAGCAAUCUGGAGGGUGCUGCGAUUGUGGAGACGAAGAGGCAUGGAGGACGGAUAUUAAAUGUCCACACCAUCCGCCUGCAAAACCUGGAGAUCCUCAAGAUACUACGCCUCGAGUCAUACUGAAACCAUUACCGAACGAAGUGCCACCAGCGCCUAAUUACUCGUUUCGUGUGGCCGUUCCUCCAGAUCUUAAGGACUGCAUGCGACGAACGAUUGGUUUUGCAUUGGACUUCCUCCUGGACACUCUAGACUAUUCACCUGAUGAACCGACAGUACCCGCCAAUGAGGCCGAUCUUCGUUUACAACCUUCAGCAGACCCAAUGAUGAAGGAUCAAUAUUGCAUUGUCCUGUGGAACGACGACAAACAUUCCUAUGACGAAGUCACCAAGAUUCUAAUCGAUCUGACGAACCGGACACAUGAAGAUGCAGCCGCUCUGGUUCGAAAAAUAGAUGAGCAAGGACGGGAAAUUAUCGACACGAACUCGAACAUUACGCGACUGCUUGAGACAGCUCAGGCUAUAACCCAAAUUGACCUAGGCGUAACGGUCCGGAGAGCCUACGACACGUUUUGCGAACAGGUUGUGGGAGUGAUUAUUGAGUGGCUAUUGGAUUUGACUCGGAGUCGACUUGGUACGGAUAUGUUGGUCAUUAGGGAAGCAUUGGCGGCUGAAUUGCUCAGUCCCAGACGGAGAGACGCUUUUACAAAGCAUAUGACACCACCGACUGCGUUAAACCUGGAUUCCGAAAUACCUAACGCUACAAGAUUGGAUACACUUCUUCUGUACCAAACAAGGCUCUGGAAGCGUCCAAGAUUAAGCUUAAAGGAGGUUUAUGCGUCAGUGAUAUCAGUGAGCAGAGCACAUAAAUUAGUUAUCGCUGGACAUUUUGCCAAUAUCUAUCAUCGAGUAAUCGAUGCAUACCUGCUGGUUGACCGCGAAGCUGAAACGAGUAUAAAAUACUUUGCUCUUCAGCUUUUUACGGUUCCCUCUGUGUCGGGUCAUAUCGCCCGGAAUCACAAACUUGUGCAAAGGUUACUAGCCAUCAUCACCAGUUUCUUCACCAACAGGAUAGUUGAAAAGCGAAUUGUAUAUGCAGGCCCAUCUACAAUAAUGCCCCCUGCAACGGGCACUAUAGAUGUCGAUUCGUUUCCAUUCAAAUCUAAGAGGUUCAUGCCUGUAUUCAGCGAUCUUCGAUACCUGGCGCACACUUCCCAAGUUCAGGAUCUAAUCGCCCAUAAUCCUUCAUAUCUUGUUGCGUUUGCAUCAACAUGUAGACUCUUCAUGUGUUUAAACCCCAACAAAAGGGCGGUCGAGACACAUGUUGAAUAUGAAACCGAUGCGUGGAUCAGCGUCUUCAACGUCACUCUCAGCCUGAGUAGAGUAAUCAAAGUGUUUGGGGAGGCUUUUGGGAAGUCUACUACAGCCGAAUUGAUCAGCGCUAUCGGGACGGUAGUACACCAGAUACUAAUGGUGUGCACUUUGGCGGAAGAUCGUCUGGAUCGCACAAAAUUUUCCGCCCCCACUUUUCACCAGGUUGAAUUUGGAGGCAAACGGUAUAAUACACUUCAAUUUGAUGUUUCAGAGGGCUGGGUUAGUUUCCAUCAUGCCUUACACUGGCUCCUAGCUGAGCUCCUCAAACACGUCGACCUUCUGGGCGAGGAAGAACUAAAGAGUGUAGGGAUUACAGGAGGAAUAAGGGAAGUGUUCGGACGUGGCGCUAGCGAACAAGCUAUCCUGACGAUUAUCGAUUUCCCAUUGAGAGUGUUGGCUAUGAUUGCUCAAAUACGGACAGGGCUUUGGGUUCGCAAUGGAUUCGCCAUUCGCGGUCAAUUAUUGCAUUACAGAGAUUACAUGCUUCGAGAAUUGUGCUAUGAUCAAGAUCUUUUCAUUCUCCAAACUGCCCUUGUCAUCAUUCCCUCCGACCUCGUCAUUGUCUCUAUCUUAGAUCGCUUCGGUCUGCUUGGGUAUUUCUCUGGGUCUUACCUGCAAUCUCAGUACGAAGGGACUCAACUCGGAAGCAUGGUGGAGGAGGUUUUCUACGUGCUCAUCACCAUUUUGAGCGAAAACGCCAACGCCAGCAAAAUGCCAAUGCACCUUGCCAUUAGGAGGGAAAUUGUUCAUGCCCUCGCUAUGGGUCCAUGUAGCUUUUCAGACCUUGUUAAACGUGUUGCAGAGCGCUUGGUUGACGACCCAUCUUUCGAAGGAAUGUUGCGCGAAGUUGCCAACUUCCGACCACCUGAAGGGCCUAAUGAAACCGGCCUCUAUGAGCUUAAGGACGAGGCGUACGACGAGGUCAAUCCAUUCUUUUAUCACUACACACGGAAUCGCAGAGAGGAGGUCGAGAAUGUUUUGAGGAAAAGAAUUGAAAAGCGCACGGGUAAGAAGGAGUGGGAGGUUGUUUUGACUCCAAAACCAUUUGGCGUUACAGAAGGCCCGUACAAAGGCGUUAGUGACGUCUGGGAGAGAGAUCUUAUGAUGCAAAUAAUGUUCUACGCCAUUUGGAACGUUCUUGUUGUCACUGAUUCAGGAACUGCAGGACCAUCGCCACCCUCAGCAGAAGCUAUCCUCGACCAAGCUUUGCAUAUGAUCAUGCUCGGUAUGGUCGAACGUCCUAAAGGCUUCAGUACUCUUGCAUCCAAAAAGGUGUUGGAAGGAAAGACUCUCAUUGAGGUGCUAUCCAUGCUCGGAAGUCACGACAAAUACGCCAAACUGUACAAGGCACGAGUGGAAUGGAUAUUUAGUAAAAUGCAGCCUCAUAUCCCCGAUGAAAUUCGACGAAUUCGUGGAGAAGAGAAUCUUGCGGGAAAUUCCGGUGGCAAUGGUCCUCGGUCUGCUGGCAUCGACAAAGACGAGCAGAGGAAGAAGGCUGCGAAAAAACGCCAAGAAGCGAUUAUGCUUCAGAUGAAGGCACAACAAGCGAGCUUCGCGAGCAUGUUCGGACAAGGCAUGGAUUCCGGCUCAGAAGACGACAGUGACGGUGGUGAUGGUGAUUCCAGUAUGGUUGGCGCAGAUGGAUCCGAUGAAGACGAAGAAGUUUUGUUUGGAACAUGCAUCGUAUGUCAAGAAGACUUGACCAACUUGAGUGCUGCGUCUGGAAAACCGUUUGGAUCUCUUGGAUUGAUUCAGCCGAGUAGAAUGAUACGACGACAUCCUGACACACAAGGCAGUUACCUCAACGAAGUCUUAACGGCCCCCCUUUCCUUGGAUCGCACUGCUAGCACAAGCCCAAACUCUCCUGGCAUUACCCCAAGCGCUCCAACCGUCACUUCAUUCCCACCACCUCAAGCAGACUUAUUGGAUGCUCGUUCCACAUCCCAUAACUUCGAAGGCUUCCCAUUAAACUAUACACGGUUUGGGCUACAUAGCUCCGUCUGCAGUCACUUAAUGCAUUUAGACUGCUUCCAGGUAUAUAGUGUCUCUAUCAGGCAGCGACAUCGGACGCAGGCGACGCGCAAUCACCCGGAAUGCAUCCCUCGAAAAGAGUUUAUCUGCCCCCUUUGUAAAAGCUUGGGCAAUGUCAUCCUUCCGGUAACGCAGCCUGACACUCGAACUCAACUCAAUCCAGUCCCGUUUCCGGAUUGGAUAAGAGCGGCGGGUAUCCAUAUUCUGAAGAGCAAACCCGAUCCACUGUUGGAUUCGCUUCAGUCUCGUAAUGGUACAGGAGAGUUUGUGUUCUGGAGUGCUCAAGACUCGGGAUAUGCUACUGUUAUCAGGAGAAAUGCUGAAAGAGACAGACCCGAUCCUGCUGAUGGAGGAAAGAUGCUCGACACCGUAAUGGUGAUAUCCAAAUCCAUUUCACAGCAAACAAGGCAUCUUCGUGACCGCAUGGAACCAGAGAACUCGGAACGAGGAGCUGGCAUUUAUCUUCCUGAGGAAUUGGUGGGGUAUACCAUAGCUGCAAUGGAGAUUUCCCAGAGAGGUGUUGGAGUAGAUACUUCGAAUUUGGGUGCUGAGAAAGGGACUAUGAUGGUCGACGCGAUCUCAGAAUCUCAGACGAGGAUGAUUAAGGGUCUCUUGGCCUGCUUGACCAAGCUCGUCGCACUCCAGUUCAGGAAUCGGCCAGACGAAGGACGAGAUGCUGUUCGACAAGCAAUCAUCAAAAGACUACUACCGGAAUGGAGUCGUUCUUCACUGACGUCAUUCUCUUACCCGCUUCUUCUAAGAGACCCCUUUACGAUUCUGGUGGAAACGGCUGCUGUGGCUCCUGAGAUGCUUCGGCAUGUGCUCGUGCUGGCGUAUUAUGCGUGCCUGGCCCGCACUGUCAUUGGUCUUGUUUACAUUCUCAACAAGUUGCGGAAUCACAACACAACACCAUUGACGCAAAGGUCGCAUGAGGAUAUUUUUGGUGAUAUCCGUAUGUUCUUUAUGUCAGUCGUUCGACAUUCACCUUUAUUCGAGCGCACGGCCAUUUAUGCCUUUGAAACAUUUACCGAGGCUAGGAUUGAGAAACUACUUUACGCCUUCACUUUACCAUUCCUCCGUCGUGCGGCCAUCCUCUGUCGGACCGUUUUACCACACUCGUUCCCAACGCCGAUAUUCAGCACAGAUGACGUCUGCGAGUACACUCGCCUUUUAACAAUGCUGGACAUUCCUCCCCUGUCUGACCUUCCUCGUCAAGAUACUCUCCAAAAUGCGCUUUCGGGUUGGUGUGCUCAUUAUGGACAUUCUCAUGCAGCCGGCCAGAUAAAUUGCGGUAUACUUUUGGAUUACCCUGUGGCGUACCGUCUGGCGAGACUGCCUCUGGUAUUGGAUAGCCUAUUCAAUCGUCAGGAUAAGGCGUUGAUGUGUGUGAAUUGCGAAACUUUCCCGAGCGAUGCGGCUAUAUGUUUGAUUUGUGGAUCGACGGUAUGCCUUCAGAGCAGUUGUUGUAUUGAUGAGGAUUACAACAAUCGGGGAGAAUGCAAUAUGCAUACUCGAGAAUGCGGAGGUACUAUUGGAAUUUAUUAUUGCGUUAAGCGAUGUUCUGUGCUAUACCUGAAUAACGGUAAUGGCACAUUUACGCCUUCGCCCUACCUCGAUGCGCAUGGCGAAGUCGAUCUAUCUAUGAGUAGGCGCGGCCGCAGACAAUUUUUACACCACGCACGAUGGGAGGUGAUUCGUAAAACUUGGCUCUCUCAUGGGAUCCCAAGCAUGGUCGCUAGAAAACUGGAAAGCAGUAUGGAUUCCGGAGGCUGGGAGACUUUGUGA